UGAUGAUUGAUCCCUUCUUGAAAGAUCUCAGAUCGCAAAAUGUUCAAGUUCAAUUUCGACGUCGAGGACGAUGGUGAACAAGGUAUAGGUAGUCUUGGUGAAAAUAGUACAACGCAAAAUCGCGGCCCCGCUUCUGCGCAGACAGUUGUUCCAGACGCAUUUACCGAGCUUUCUCUUGUAAACGCGCUAGACAGCCUACCAUCCAAAAUCUCUUAUUCUCCAAUCACGAUCCCACUCGCUAGCGGAGGUGAACUUUCACUUCCACGUCGUGAUCUGUUCGAUGCGAGGUUUCAAUUGAUCUCACAAAAUGCCGAUGACCCGGAUGCGUCGGAGCAACCAUCCGUUGUCAAUGCACGGUCUGCACUGCAGUUUUUAGAUGCACCUUCCGACCUUGUACCCCUCGUCUAUGAAGGUGGCUUGAAGACUUGGGAAUGUAGCCUUGAUCUUGCUAGCUAUCUGGACAGCAUAAGCUCGCAGUUCGAUGUACGGGGCAAGCGCGUGCUAGAGAUCGGCUGUGGUACAUCGAUCCCGUCGCUAUACAUCCUUCAUCGAAUAUUCUCCUCUCCGCCUUCUCAGAAUCAGACACAUAUUCACCUUCAGGACUAUAACGCCUCCGUUUUGGAGCUGGUGACCAUUCCCAAUAUUAUUCUGACCUGGUAUCUGUCAGAGGCAGCGGAGACAUACCGCAAGUCGGAGGAGGAACAAACAGACUCUGCGUCCUUGGAAUUGAACAUGUCGGACAAUCUUAAAGACACUUUCCAUCAGUCUUUGAUAACCUACGGAGUCCACUUACGUUUCUUCUCUGGAUCAUGGGAUACAUUCGACCUUCGAAAACUAGGCGGGAGCUACAACCUGGUGCUGACAUCCGAGACGAUAUACUGCAUGGAGUCUCUCCCGAGCCUUGCUGCUGUUAUGCGCGGCGCUUGCAACGCUGAAGGUCCUACAGACACAUAUCAGUACCUCUGUCUAGUAGCUGCGAAGGUGCUCUACUUCGGCGUGGGUGGCGGGGUAGCAGAGUUUGUGCGAUGUGUACGAGAUCUAGAUACGGGAGGGACGGUCGAGACUGUAUGGGAGAAAACACAGGGCGUCGAAAGGAGAGUAAUGAGUGUUAGAUGGAAUUAGGCAAUGUUAAUGAUGAUGAAUAUUUUUACUCGCGAUAUGAGCAAAAUAUACAAGUCGA